AUGGUUCAACCCUCUCUAUCCGGCGUACUUACGUCUGUGAAGCCCAGAACUACUGCCCUCCUGGAUAACCCUCUUCGUCUUUCCUUCGGUACAUCUAUUCAAAAGCGCGAGCAGACCAGCUACUGCAAAGAUGUCCGGAGACCUGUGCACCCUCUUCCCCUGAAGCAGAGGAUUCCACCUCGGACAUGGGAUACCCAUAUGCAUGUCGUGGAACCGCAGCAAUAUCCAGUGUCUGCCUCGGCCGUCUACCAACCCUCAGCACACACGCUCGACGAGGCCGUCUCCUUUGAAUCAUCACUCGGAAUCGAAAACAUCGUUCUUGUUCAACCCUCCAUAUACGGAACCGACAACUCCUGUCUUCUAGAUGCACUAAAGCAAAUCGGCCCUUCUCGUGGACGAGGGGUGGUGGUAAUCGACCCUGCCAACAUCGAGGCAAAGACCUUGCUUGAAUGGCACGCCCUGGGGGUACGAGGUGUGCGGGUGAAUCUCAAAUCGGUAGGCAAGGUGUUGAGUGAGCAUGAGCUAGCCGAGACCCUGUUGCAACAUGCCGCAGUUGUGCGCCCCCUAGGUUGGAUUAUCCAGGUCUAUAUUGCCCUGGACAUGGUGCCUAUGCUGGAACGAAUUGCACCGCAGCUAGGGGUCAAGGUCUGCAUCGACCACUUUGGUGCACCCGAUCUUUUGUCGCUGAGCCUGGCGGACGAUAAGCCGUUUGACCCGUACUCUCUUCCGGGCUUCUCUUCCUUGAUAUCUCUUCUCCGCACCGGUGACACUUACAUCAAGAUUUCUGCACCCUACCGGCUGAGCAAGGAUAAGGAAAUGCGCGACCUCGAGAUGAUGAUCCGGGAAUUUCUACUAGAGGCCCCCAACCGAGUUAUCUACGCCACGGACUGGCCUCACACUCGAUACUCAGGAGUUGAUAUCGAACCAUUUACGGAACUGUGUUUACGACUAUGCGGCGAUGAGCCAGGACUGGCCGAGCGAAUCUUCCGACAAAACGCCGAAGAGUUGAUGGACGGGAAGCACAGUUGA